AUGGCUGGCAAAGGCAAAAACGGCAAACCCGGGGCCACAGCAGCGCCGGCCCCGGCCCCGGCUGCCGCCGCAGCCGCGCCGGGGGCGGCCCCUCCUCCGGGCGACAAGCCUGAGGAAAAGACAGAGGAGAAGAAAAAGUCCGAGCAGCCCAAGGAUGAAGUGGGAACGAGGAAGGGGUGUCGCCGUUACAAGUGGGAAUUCAAGGACAGCAAUAGAGAGUUCUGGGUUAUGGGGUACGCUGAGGUCAAGCUCAUUAGCUUGGGCUGCCUAAUAGGUUCGCUGAUAAUGUUCACGGGGACCACUGUGCACCCCCUCCUGACACUCAUCAUCACCAUGGAGUUGUCCAUCUUCACCUUCUUCAUCAUUAUCUACACCUUCGCCAUCCAGAGAUACAUGCCCUUCAUCCUGUGGCCCAUUUCUACCUUCCAGUGGGGCCAGAGCAGCGGCAGCUUAAGUUAG